AUGUUGAAAAUGACACUGAAACGACUGAAUGAGAUUGUAAUGACGGCAGUUCAAGAUACAGAACCCAAACUUGAUGUACCAAAAGGAUCGCUGCACCAUUUUCAAUUUCGUCUUGGACACAUAUCUUACGAAAGCGUGGAGCGUGUGGCCAAAGAUCUUAAUUACGGCAUUGAGCUUACUGAUCACGGGCGUGCAAACUGUCUCACGUGCGCUGAAGCGAAGAGCACUAGGACUGGACAGCCCAAGAACAACUCGGGCGCAAAUGAACCAACGGACCGCAUCGGGGGUGUGAUCUGUAGUGAUCUAAAAGGACCAAUCACCCCUAUAGACCGACAUGGAAACCGAUAUUUGGUCGUGUUUAUUGACUACAAGUCAAAUUACGUGCGCGUAUUUGCGGCACGGCAGAAAAAUGCUGCGGCCGAGGUGUUUAAGAAUUUUCAAGCGUGGUUUGAAAACGAGUUCAAUUGCCGCAUUCAUGUCCUGCGCACUGACGGCGGAGGAGAAUAUGAAUUGGUCAGUCUCUUCUGCAAACAGACAGGCGUUCGACGUCAAGAAAAAGAAGCAGGUACUCCACAAUCUAACGGUGAGGCUGCAGAGUAUGCUGCUUAUAUACUUAACCGGAAUCCGACUCGAGCAAAUUUAGGGCGUGCGUCGCCGAUUGAAGUACUCACCGGGCGGGCACCGAAUUUGCAAAAUAUCGUUGAGUUUGGGUCUCCGUGUAUGGUUUGGCGGGACCCUAAAAAGAAGACAUAA